AUGGAGAUUCAAACUAUCCCCCACACAACCCAUGAUAUCAGGAGGCAUGUGGACCAAUCGAGCUGUAAAAGAAACGGUGAUUACAUUGCAUUCUUAGAGGGUGUGAACGACAGUUCCGAUCUAGAAAAACAUGAAGAAGAGCAAUUAGAGUUUGGAUUAGGUUAUGACUGUCCGUUGUUUGACAGACUCUAUGACUUUGCAAGAAUAGUUGUUGGCAGCUCAGUGAGCGCUGCAAAGCUUCUGGUGGAUGGCUCUGCCUCUGUGGCUAUCAACUGGUGCGGCGGAUGGCAUCACGCACAGCGGGAUGAAGCAGAGGGUUUCUGCUACGUGAACGAUAUUGUCAUUGCGAUCCACAAGCUUUUGAAGAAGUUUGACCAGAUAUUGUACAUUGAUUUGGAUGUUCACCAUGGUAAUGGUGUUGAAAAUGCAUUUUCUUGUACAAAUAAAGUAUUCACUCUGUCACUGCACAAGUACGAACCAGGAUUUUACCCAGGAACGGGCAGCAUCAGUGACGUAGGGUGCGGCAAAGGGAAGUACUACACAGCCAACGUACCUUUGAAGGACGGCAUCCGAGACGACUUGUACUUCACAGUGUUCGACAGCGUCAGUAGCAAGGUGUUCUCUGCGUUCCGGCCCAAGGCCGUGGUGGUGCAGUGCGGGGCGGACUGCCUCAGCAAGGAUCCCCUGGGGACCUUCAACCUGACCCCCCGAGGCCUGGGCAGGUGCGUCCAGCGAGUGCUGUCGUGGGGCCUGCCCACCUUGUUUCUUGGCGGAGGGGGCUACAACUUCGCGAACACCGCCCGCUGCUGGACUUACUUGACCUCGGUCAUCGUGGGCUGGGAGAUUCCUCCAGACAUCCCCGAUCACAUGUGCUUUCUGAAGUAUGGGCCUGAUUUUGAGCUGCACAUUGUACCUGGUAACAGAACAGACUGCAACACCAAGGAGUACAUCGAUAGCAUCGUUGAGAUUAUUGCCACUGUCCUAUGGACGACGAGAAGACUGCGCGCCAGUCCACAUCCUUGUUCUUAGAGGCGAUACCGCGCUAUAAGCACCAGUGAGUGUCGCACGUAUCAUCCUGCCUCACCAGCACACAUACACCCCCACUAGACAGGCCCUAAAGAUGUACCAGCACUAUACUAUUUCCCGUCCAAUACAGUCAAAUGGUUUUGGUCCUGCCAGUUUCUCAAUAAGAUAUACACUAUUUUUUUCCCAUGUAAGUUGUUGCCCAUAAACUUCUUUUCCUGUUCCAAAGAUGUAUUUUAAUGUUGAAAUUCAUUAUUUGUUAGGUUAUUACUCCUUAUUUAAUUAACAGAAAUACGAAGUUGGCAGAUGUGUAAAUUUUCUUUUAAAGACUCUUCAAUUGUUAUAACCUUUACCUGUUCAUCUUCACCACUGUGUAGGCUUGUUCAAAUGCUAGUUGGCAUCGUUCAUGUUUGGUUACGUUGAUGCCUGUAUAGAAUGAACGCACGUAGUCCAGUAUCGAUAGCUCAGCGAUUUGCAUGCAAUGUACGUGCUCUGAAUCGUGCUGAGUAAACUACAUUUGAUAGCCGUACUCUUUCGUGGGUAGUGUGUACUACGACACGGCUCACUUUCGGGCCACGGUUUUCAUAAUUGUGUUUAAAGUUGAACAAAAUAUGUUUUUAUUGCACAACUAACUAAUUUUGUUUUUGUUAAUGACUACCCCCCACACACACACACAUAAAAGAUACACUCUUACUUUUCAGCAUUGAUUUUAACACAAAAUGUGCGACAAUUAUGCUAUAAAACACAGUAUUCAAUUUUGUUAUUUAACUAAAAGUGCUUUA